AUGCCUCCACCGGCUAUGGUGGCAGGCUCGGCCUCCUCCAGCGAGGUCACUCUCACUGAAGAGAAGACCAUCGAAAAGUACCAAUCUCGAGAGAUAGGUUCAAGCGAGACCACUAGGCCAAAUGACAUGGACCUUGAGGCGCAGACUGCCCAAACCAAGCCCAAAUUGUUUGCCUCGACACGCUAUGCCAUUCUCACCAUAUACCGACGUCUGUUCACGCUAGUGUUCCUAGCCAACGUCGCCGUCUUUGUGGCCGUCAUGACCACAGAACAGAAGCUCUUAGCCCUAGUCAAUGCCACCGCCGCCAACCUGCUCGCUUGCGGUCUGGCCCGGCAACCACUAGUCGUCAACGCCAUCUUCGUAGUUGUGUGCUCGAUGCCGAGGUCAGCACCACUGCCCCUGCGCAAGAUAGCAGCCAAAGUCUACCACUAUGGUGGCGUUCACAGCGGCUGUGGAGUGGCCUCACUCGUCUGGUACGUGGGAUUCGUCGGCGUCCUGUCCCAUCAGUACUGGGCAACAACGCCAGCCUCGGCCAUGAUCCGGCUUUCCGCCGCGCCAGUCACGUUGGCGUAUAUCAUCCUGGUCCUGCUGUUAGCGAUAGUCGUGGUGGCACACCCCACGUUCCGCAUGAAACGGCACGACUAUUUCGAACUCACCCACCGUUUCUCGGGGUGGCUGAUCGUAGCCCUGUUCCUUGCCUUGCUGAUGGUCUUCGCCCACGAAGCCAGCCAAUCCAUGCACAAACCCCUCGGCAACUUCCUUGUCACCCUCCCAGCCUUCUGGUUCCUCGUUCUUACCGUCAUCUCCAUCAUUCAGCCCUGGCUCUUCCUCCGCAAGGUCGCGGUGCGGGCCGAGCCUCUCUCCACCCACGCCACCCGCCUCCACUUCGACCACACGACAACAACCUUCGCAAAGGGCAUCCAACUAGCCAAGCACCCCUCCGCGACUGGCACAGCUUCGCUACCUUCCCAGACACGCCAGCCGGAAUGGACGGCCCAUCCAGCUUCUCAUGCCUAG